AUGAAUCUUGAGGCUCUUGGAGAAGCUAUGGAAGAUCUCAGGCUAAGCGUGAAGAUUUGCAAUCAAGGGUCACAAGAGAGGAGGAAAGAGGUCGGCAAAAGCUUGCUACAACCGAGUUUAAUAUCGAGUUAUCGUUACGGGGAAAAGGUUUCCUUGACGUUGCAGGAGGUUGAGGAACUUAAGAGUAAAGAAUUUGGAGAGAGAUUGGAGUCCCGAUUUCCAGCACCAGAAAACCGAUGCAAAGUAGUCUUCACCACUCGUCGCCAAGACGUAUGUGAUCGCAUGGGGUUGAAGACCCAAUGGAAGUCAAUGCUUGGCGGAAAUGAAGCAUUUGAUUUGUUCCAAAAGAAGGUUGGACAAAGAACAUUAGGACGCCAUCGGAUCCCUGAACUUGCAAAAGACAUUGCUAGAAAAUGUGGUGGCCUUCCAUUGGCGCUCAAUGUCAUAGGGGAGACCAUGUCAUGCAAGAGAAGGUGGAAGAAUGGCGUCACGCGAUAA